AUGGACGCCAACACUCGAAAGGCAUGGGAGCUCACAUUGCAACACGGCGAGUUUCCGGAUUUGUUCCGUACCUUCGACUAUAUCACGCGUCAAUGUGAAGUGUUGAAGAGCUGUGCAGCAGGCAGUACGGACAAACCAUUUCGUCCAAAGCCGGCACCUACAAAGGCGUUCACAUCGACCGUUACACCGUCACCGACCGCAACAUGUGUCAUGUGCCAUGACAACCAUACGCUCAGCAAGUGCGCAGAUUUUAUAGCACUAUCGUUACCAGCCAAACGUGACAAGCUUCGAAGUUGGAAACGUUGUUUCAACAGUUUCGGAGCUGGUCAUCUCAACAAAAGGUGCCCCUCGAAGUGGACGUGUCGUCGAUGCCAGCAGAAACAUCACACCUUGCUCCACGACGAAGGGACUAGUGCCGCCAUCGAGAUCCGUCACGAACAGCCAGCAUCUGCAGCAGAACACCGUACAGCUACAAUAUCCCUUCACACGGUGAUACCAUCGAUUGUGUUGCUGUCAACCGUCUUACUGUACAUCACUGACAGCGCAGGGAUGAUGCAUGCUGCAAGGGCUCUCUUGGACAGUGGAGCACAGUCCAACUUCAUCACGGGAAGGUUAGAACAGUUUUUAAACCUACCUCGUAAGUCGGUGAGCAUUCCGCUGUCGGGGAUUGGUGGCAGCCAAGCGACCAACGUGAAAUCAUCAGUACGAGCCACCAUCCAGUCGCGCUGUUCAUCAUUCUCGACGUCACUGGAGAUGCUGGUACUGCCCAAGCUGUCAGCAGACGUGCCAGCCCAUCGCAUAAACCAUAGCCAGUGGAUGAUUCCAGCAGCCUGCGUCUUGGCUGACCCAACAUUCCACAAGCCUGGUGGCAUCGAUCUCAUCCUGGGUGCUGCGUGCUUCUACGAGCUUCUAAAAACCGUACGAAUCUCACUUGGAGAAGGCAUGCCGUCACUACAAGAAACGGAAUUUGGGUGGGUUGUAAGUGGCACAGCCCCGAUCGCAGAGCAGUCGCUGUCAGUGGUGUGUUCAGUUGCCAUACACACCAAUGAGCUGACUACGAUGAUGAGAAAAUUCUUCGCAAUAGAAGACGUAGGCAGUUUCCCUAGCUGGAGUAUCGAGGAAAGAGCCUGUGAGGACCACUACGCGGCCACUACAAGCAGAGACCAAGCCGGCCGAUAUGUCGUCCGACUUCCGAGAAAGUCUGACAUGAUCGGGAAACUAGAGAGACGUAUGCAGCGAGAACCCGAAACAAAAAAGGCGUACGUGGAGUUUAUGGCCGAAUACCUCCGCUUAGGCCACAUGACAAAGGUGGCAGCAGCAGUUGAUAGUCAGACAACGUUCUACCUCCCACAUCAUCCUGUUUUUAAAGCCGACAGCACCACCACGAAGUGUCGGGUUGUGUUCGAUGCAUCAAGCAAGUCAUCGACAGGAGUGUCGUUGAACGAUACGCUGAUGAUCGGACCAACAAUUCAACAAGAUGCUACAUCGAUCCUGAUGCGAUUCAGAACUCAUCAAAUUGCCCUGACAGGAGAUGUGGCAAAAAUGUACCGGCAAGUAUGGGUACAUCCCAGCGAUCGCGCCCUGCAGCGGAUUCUGUGGCGAGCUUCGCCCCAUGAUCCCAUCGAAGAAUAUGAGUUGAAUACUGUGACGUAUGGAACCGCUUCUGCACCAUUCCUUGCGGUGAGAUCUCUGCAACAAACAGUAUUGGAUCAUGGGAGUGAGUUUCCAAUAGCAGCGGCUCGGUUCUCUGACUUUUACGUGGAUGACUUUGUGUCUGGAGCUGAUUCACCCGAGGCUGCUCAAACUUUGCAACAGCAAACCGAACAACUGUUUGCCAAGGGUGGAUUUGAGCUGCGGAAAUGGGCAUCAAACGAGGAAGCAGUGUUGCAUCAUGUGGCCCAACAAAGCCGAGCAUCCAGCCCAUAUUCACAACAUCAGCAUUCCGAGAGUCGCCAUUAG